AUGGAUUCUCGUCUGGGUCUACUCAUUGCCCUGCUGCUGGCAGCGGUUCAAGCCUUUGGAGCCCUGGAAACGCCAACAAAUCCAAAUGUUUCGGAAAAUGGAUUGCUUCGAACGGUACGCCACGUGUAUGGCCAGUGUGCCGACAGUGAGGAUGUCUUUUGGUGCUGCAAGAUUCAGGGAGUUCGCCUCUUGGGACGUGCUCUCAAGGUGCCGCAACUGGGCAUUGUGGAUGGUGUGAGUCUGGUGCGACGUGAGUCCUUUGGCCAGGACACUCGAAGUGGUCGUGCCAGCUUGGUGGAAAGUCAGCUGAGCAAUCGCGAUUUGGAGCACAUGUCUGGUAAGAGCCUGGAUGCCCUACUGCUGGAUCGAUUCCUCAACUUUGUGCACAGCCAUGAGCUGCAGGUGAAUCUGCCGCGAUUGUUGCGAUUUGGGGAGCGCAAUGGCCAGGAUUGGCUGCAGCACCUGUUGAGUUACUUCCUGCCCGCCAGCAGGGGUGAGAGCGAGGGUCGCAAGAAAAAGGACGAUAAGAAAUAUUUGGGGCCGUUCAUUGCUGCCGUUCUGCUUAAGACCGCCAUCAUGAAAAUGGCCUAUCAUUCGAUCGCCAUUGUGGCGGGCAAGGCUCUGGUUGUGGGCAAGAUAGCCUUGAUUAUCAGUGCUAUAAUUGGUCUGAGGCGGCUGGUGGGUCAGGCCGGUCAAAGCGAGAAGACCACCUAUGAGAUUGUGAAGCAUCCACAGGUGCAACAGAGCCACACCUAUUCCUCGAGUCACCAGGGCGAGUAUGACACGGGCCACGAUGGCGGCUCCUACCACCGCAGCAUCGAUGACGAGAUGAUGAUGCAGGACAAGGCCUAUCAGGCCUGGAUGCCCCAGGUGGGCGCCACCGCCUCCUCGGCCGUCAAGGGAUCGCGAUAA